AUGGCUGCAGCACAACCAGGAGCUUCAAAUUCACCAGCAGAAGUGGUGGUUGACCCAGUAUGUGUUCAACAAAUUACAGACCUUUUGAACUCCAAGAAGCCAGUGAACCAAUUGUUGGACCAAGUGGUGAAGGUUUUGUCCAAGUAUGGCUUGGCUUACACCUCCACAUUGACCCCUGGCCAACUGUUGUGCCACCCACAGAACAGGUCCAAGGCGAUGGUCAAUUGCUUGGACAUGUGGGACAAAGGUGCCAAGAUGCUCCAAGUUGGGAUGAGCCGACAACUCAUUGGCCAUUCAUUGGCCAUAGAGCUGGCCAUUGACCCAGUGAAAAGGCAAGACCAAGUAAAUGCCAAUUCCAUGCUGGUCCAAGAAGCAGAUGGAGGGUUGGCACCCAUCAGUGGCCAAGAGCGUUAUUUGACCUUGUCCAGCAGCCAUACCACAGCUUUUCUUCGAGCUAUCCAACAUGGAUGCCCUCCAAAGACCUUGAACUUGGAAGGGGGUCUGGACAUUUCCAAAGAUGACCCAUGCUGGGAUCUGAUUACCCAAGGUUGGACAUGGACAAUUUUGUCCCAUUUGGUGGAAACCCAAUUCCCACAACUUCCAACCAUGCUGCAGAGCGCUUUGAAUUCCCCAAACCAGGUUAUGAAAGCAGCCAAUGAGCUUGAACUAGCUGCUCAGUUGAGCCAAUACUUUUCCCUUGGGCUUGAACUCCAAGAAGCCAAAGAGAAAGUUUUGGCCAUAAACACAUGUCCAGCAGAAGUGCUCAAGUGCCUCACCCACAUGGUCCAAAACUAUUGUGGUGGCAGAAAUAGCAACAUCCAGCUUCUUGUUGGCCAAGAUUUGAUGGAGAGCCUGGCCUACACCAAUUUUAAGCAACCAGGUGAAGUGUUCACAUUGUGCAGGAUUGCAUUGUGGGCCACAAUGUUGACCACCUGGAAGCACCAGGAUGGGAUCCAGAAGUUGGUGACCAAAGCAGACAUUGAAAAGCUGAAGAGCAAGACCAACAUUUCCAAGUUGCAGCUGGCUGAAAGGCAAUUGCAAGGUGCACUUGAUGUUGUGGAAAAGUGCCAGGACCAGCAACAUGCCACCAAAUGUCUUGGAAGGAUGAUGAUUCGAACCAUCCUGUUCAUCCUGCAGAAGCAGAAAUGGGGCAAAGAGACUUCCAAGACAUGGAAGACCCAGGAUGAAAUUUUGGAAGCUUUCACCCAGGAAAUGGCCAACCCAAAGGUAGAGUCACUUCAGGCAGCAGAGCCAUUGGUACCAAGGGAUCUUGCCAAAGCUUCCUCCCAGGACAUGGCCUUGUUCCAAAACCCACACAUCAAGCUGAACAAGUACAACCAGCAGAAGGACUACCCUGGCAAGGUGUUUGAAUUGACUGCACUUGAUGACUCCAAGGCCACCAUGGUUCACAAGCCUGUGCUGGCACCACCCAUCACCUUGCAAAUUCCAUUUGAAGAGUUGUCAAAAUGGAAGGUCUCCAAAGCCAAGAUGCCUGAGAUGUACCCAGCCCACAGGACCCAGGAUAUGCUUCCACAAGCUUUGCCAUUCUGCAAGGAAGAGGUUGCCAGGAUGGAAGCCACCCUGGCACUCCAUGAAGCUUGCCAAAAGCAUGCUGUGUCUCCCCAGCAGGUGGCUUUUGCAUUGCACCCAGCAAGCCUCUUUACCUUGGAAGCCAUCAAGAAACCCAAGGGGCUCAAGCUCAUUCCCAUGGGGCACUUGUCCAAAGCCAAGGAUGAGCUUCCCAAGGGUGCUAUCACUAUGGAACAUGGUGGUGUCACAUGGCACAUCCACCCUUGGAAGCAAUUCCAUGAUUGGGAGAGGCAGCCACAGCCACAGGAAUCUUUGGUUCCAUUUUGGUGGUGCAAGCCAGCUGAAAAUGAUUACAAUAUGGAGUUCAGCACCAUCACCUUACACACCAUGGGCUCCAAUUUCAAAAUCCCAUGCCUCACCAACAUGGACAAGGUUGGCCCCAAUGAAACCUUGAAUUACCAGAAAAUUGAUCCUGCAGCAGAUGACCAAGGAGAUGCUGAAGACAAUCCCAGCCAUGCACCCAAGAAGAGAAGGAAGGCUUGA